CCUCGUUUCCCCAUUGGCUCGCCUCCAGCUGAAGGAGCUAACCUCUCUGCAACUGUAAUUCCUAUGUCUGUGUGUUUGAUCUCCUCUCAACCUACAAACCCUAACCCUAAACCCCAACCUCAAAACCUCUAAUUUCUCUCCAUUGGAAAUGUGCUCUUCUGUUUCGCCUACCCCUCUCUUCUUCCCCACUACCACUCGCUUCCUAUUCCCUCGCUGCCAUUUCUCGUUGCUCAAUUCAGCACGCCCAAUUCUCUUCACUCCUACAUCUAUAAACCCUAAUUCACGUCUCCCUCCAUCUGUAGCCGUUAGUAACGUUGAUGUGUCGUGGUUCUCGCCGGAACCGGCCGCCAUCGAUGACUACGGCGGCUGGGCGAUCGUCGAAACUCCGGCUCUGAAGAAGAAGAACAAGAAAGGUCUGUCUCCCUUUCUGUUGGUGGGUAUUGGGAGUUCAAUAGCUGCUUUACUCGCUGCAAUUGCUCACUUCUCACUAUCUAGAAGAGGUAUUGCUGUAAAAUUUAGCAGUCCAGUUACUGCGUUGCAUGGGGUUAUAAGGCUAUCUGCACUUGAUAAAGAUGUUGAGAGUAAAAGCACAGAUUAUGAUGCAUUACCGGCUGAUGUUGUGGUUCCUGAGUCAAACAUGGAAAUUUCAAAUGGUGAGUUUGUUGAAACUUUGGUAUCCGUAGUAGAGGCGAACCAUAUUAAGAGACAAGAAGGAAAGCUAGGACGUAUUUUUGUUCCAGUUGCCAUGGAUUCAACACAGCAAGAAGCUCUGUUGAUGCUGAGGAAACUGAAGAUAAUUGAAGAUGAUUUCAGGGCAGAUGAAUUGUGCACAAGGAGGGAAUAUGCAAGAUGGCUUGUUCGAGAAAAUUCUCUAUUGGAAAGGAACCCAAAGCAUCAAAUCACUCCAUCUGUAGCACUUUCGGGGUCCAUAUUUGGUGCAUUUGAUGAUGUGAGCAUUGAAGACCCUGAUUUUGGGUCCAUUCAGUCCCUGGCUGAGGCGGGCAUCAUUCUAAGCAAGUUAUCUGGUAAAAUCUCCAGUUCUGACCCGGAUGAUUCACAAGGCCAUGAAGGUGUCUAUUUUUUUCCCGAGAGGUUCUUAUCUCGCCAGGAUCUUAUAGAUUGGAAAGCGCAGCUAGAGUAUGAAACCGUGCCUGGAAUAGAGGAAAAGAUAUCAAAAACCAACAUGGGUUUUAUGGACAUGAGGGAGGUCAGUUCAGAUGCAUCAACUGGGCUUUUGGUGGAUAUGCUAGCUGGCGACAAUAGCAUUCUCAGAAAAGUUUUUGGACAAGGAAAGCGGUUUCAACCAAAUAAGCCCUCCACAAAGUCACAAGCAGCAGUGGCACUCACAAGUGGCAGGAUGAACAAAGCAAUUCAUGCUGAACUGUCAAGACUAGUGGCCGAGAACAUUUCGAAGCAAAAUGAAAUGGUAGAAAUUAGGUCUGCUCUUCUGGCAAGAGGAGAUAUACAGAGAUAUUGGGAUGGGAGGCUAGAGGAAGAGAGAUCUCGUGCUAUUGAGGUGGAAAGGGCUUAUCUUAGUGCAAUACAUGAUUUGGAACAGGAGAAGAUUGUUCAAGUGAACACCAUAGCCCAGCAUUUGAAGGAGAAGGCUGCUAUAGACUGCCAAAAGCAACUGCUAAGUAGUCUCAAGGAAGAAGUAAAUCAGAUGACAGAGAGGCUUGCGGCCGACAAGGCUCAACAUGAAGAUGAGCAGUGUAAUUUGAAGGAUUUGCUCUCUCAUUCACAGGCCAAGUUGGAUGGCAUGCUUGAUACCAAAUCAAUACUGGAAGCUGAGAUAGAAUCUCUGCGAAUACUACGAUCUUGGAUUGAGGAUGAAGCUAGGAAAAGCCAAGCCCGUGUGAAAGUUCUUGAGGAGGUCAGACGAAGGUGGAAAUGGGAGGACCAACCUUAAUGCUUUUGAUCUGUUUACAGUGAAGAAUUGCUGAGAAAUCACUUGAAGAAACUGUUUUGCCAAGGGAUACGCCAUAGAUCUUCUAUGCUUCUUGGUCAUCAGGGUGCCCGGUUACAGUUUCCUGGUUAGAGUUUCUGCAUCGUUCUUUGUUUACAUGCGAUACUAUGCUCCGAUCAUGUACUUCAAAAUUUGUGAAUCAUGGAAGAUGUAAAGAGGAAAAAAAAGAGGGUUUUUGUGAUCUUUUUCGAAUGCAGUUUUGUUCUCCAA